GCAACACUAUGCAUUGUUGAUAAUUGGAAGGAAAAUGGCGACCCACUCUGGAUUGCUGAUCGGGGUCGCUCUUUCUUUUCUGUCAGUUCUGACUAUCAAAGAUUUAUUUUCAUCUAAAAGCAUAACAGAAGCGCAAGGACAGAGUUCCUUUUCUUCUCCUCAAAGUCAAAAGAAGUAUGCAGGACCUGCAAUAAAGUUUUUAUUUUGCAUAUCCUGAGGGUACAGGCGUGUGUUUGAGGAUUAUGCUUAUGCAAUAAACCAGCGAUUUCCUCAAAUGCAGAUUAGUGGUGGCAACUUUCCCCCAGGACAGCUGCGCCAGACUGUUGCUAACAUUGUUGGCAUUACAAAAAUGGCAAUCCUAGCUUUGAUUAUUUUUGGCGGCCAAAUUGAUCUUUUUGGUAAACUUCAGAUUGCACCUCCUCCUAUUUAUGUUUGGGCAAGUCAGAACAAGAUAUAUGCCUGUAUCAUCACAUUUUUCCUGUGCAACACAAUCGAAGCACAACUCCUCUCUACAGGAGCAUUUGAAGUGUCAUUGAAUGAUAUGCCUAUUUGGUCAAAGCUGCAAUCUGGGCGGCUUCCCCAGCCUGAAGAGUUAUUCGACAUAAUAAAUAACCAUGUCAAGAUGGCCCAAAAUACAAUUCCUGUUCAAUAGCAUUGAUUACAA